AGCAGGGGGCGGGGCACCAGUUGUGAUUGACAUGUUUAUUGCACAUGGCUGAGGCCACGCCCACGCAGAGGAGGUCCGGUGUUACCGACCGUCAGCGGCACCGACGUCCACCAGUUGCUGCGGUCUGUGCGUUUGUCGGUGUUCAUUGAAAUGGACGAUCAGAAUAUCUUCCGGUAACAACAGGUGUUGUUUAAAAAAAAUGGGGCUGUUUUUGAACGCUGCUGCCGCCGUCACCCCCACAGAGUCUGCAGUGGAGAAGAAUCUGCUGCACUGUGAAGGUCUGAACAAUCAGACAUACAUCUGUGAGUCGGGACACUGCUGCGGGGAGUCUCAGUGCUGCAGCUACUACUAUGAGCUCUGGUGGUUUUGGUUGGUGUGGGCGCUCAUCUUCAUUUUGAGCUGCUGCUGCGUGUGCCACCAUCGGCGCACCAAACAUCGGCUACAGCAGCAGCAGCGCCAACAUGAGAUCAACCUCAUCGCGUACCGUGAGGCUCACAACUACACCUCGGUACCAUUCUACUUCAGGUUUCUGCCGAGCUACCUCCUCCCCGACUAUGAAGAGGUGGUCAACAGACCUCCGACCCCUCCUCCUCCCUACAGUGCCUCCUCACAUUCAGGUCCAUCCACAGUGGCUUCUAGCCCACAGGUUCCUGAGCAGCAAGAGGGACUCUGUCCAGUGCUUCAGUCCACUCCGGCGCCUCAGGUCUCAGAGGGUCUGUGUUCCACACCCAGCAUGGAGGACCUAGAACUUCUCAGCUUAGACUUCAGGCCCAAGCCUGAGACCAAAUCCAUGCAAACAGCACAAGAUUCAGGUGUAAUUCUGCUGCCAGAUGUUCUCCAGGAGGAACUUGUCAACCAGCUGAAAGGCAGUGGAAAUGACCACAACACCUCCAAAGACCCCUUGCUGAAGGACUUUGGACUGUCUGAGUGUUGUGCCGAAGACAAAGACCGCCUCCGUGGGGGAAGGAGGCGGCGGUUCACAGGGGACUCCGGCAUUGAGGUGUGCGUGUGCAGCACAAGGGGUAGCAGUAGUUGCAGUGGAGCGGGAGGACCCGGGCAAGAUGGGAGGGAAUUUAGGGAACUGGAGAGCCUGCUGAGCCAUGAAGGAGAUGAGCAGGAAGGAGAAGAGUCUGGCAACUUCUGUGAAAGCUGCAGUCACCGUGCCUCCUUCGUGGAAGAGGAGCAGGUGACGGCAUCCCUGGAGAGGCAACCCACACAAGGCCAGUCCGGAUCCCCUCCAACGGCUCAGCGGGUCAGUGCUCCCCCCCACCUACCGGUGUGCCUCCUCCUCCAGACCAUCAGCGAGCAGGAGGGGGUGCACCAGAGCACCAGCACUGAGCCUCAAGGCUGAACUGGCCCUGCUUCACCACUGGGGGGCAGCAGAGAGCAGCCCAGAGUCCUUGUAAAGCUUUUUGAAUGAAGUGGGAGAUAAGAGCAGGAAGUUCCCUCUGAACUACAAACCAUUGGCACUGACACCAGCGGGCUCGCCCCGUGGCCUUAACCUGUGUAUUUUGGGUUCUGUUUGGGUUCCAGCCGGCCGUCUGUGGCCCGACUUGGCACAAGGUCCUGAUCGCACGGCACCAUUAAAAAAUAAAUAAAGUUUUUUUUCCUGCAGGGGAGGAUCUCCACAGUGCCGCGGCACACGCUGCAGGAGCAGUGCGAUGCAGAACCGCUGCACGCUGGUGCUGCACACGGACGGUCGGACUGUGUGGGUCCAACAGUCGGUCCUGAUCCAAAGUGCUUUUCACUCAUUAAAGACUCCGUGUUCUGCCUCAUGUCUACUUGUGUCGCUCUCAGAGACCUUUAGGUGCAGAUUUCCAUAUUAGCAAGUAAUAUUUUGCACAAUACGUAAAAAAUAAAUAAAUCACCUUUCAAUUAAAAAUCAAACUUUAAAAUGCAGUUUUUCAAAAAUUCUGUGAUAAUUUGCAGUAUGUGUUUUAUUUUGGGAGUUGUAGGUGAGAUUUUUCUUUUUCCUGUUAAUGAGGAUGAAGGUUCUCUGAUAUUCACUGUUAAACAACAAAUUCUACUUUUGUUGGUUUGUAAGCUUAUUAUUAUUAUUAUUACUUUUUUUUUUAAGUUUUUCAACCUUACAAAAAAUGAAGACAUUUGAAUAAAAGCGAUGCUACAGAGCCGCAGAUUACACUUUCUGGAGGCGCUGCCUGUUUGUGUGAUGUUUUCGUGCUUUAAGGGAAGUUAUUCCAUGUUUGUCAUUAAUAUGAAAGUGAUUAUUUCUCAGCAUCAUGUGACCAAUUUGUUGAUUAAACUCCACCAGGCAUUUUGAACAGCUGCAGACGGAGCAGCAUUUAAGGUCAAAUCCUGGACUUCAGUUUGUGGGUGAACACAAACCUUUUUUUUUUUUUUUUUUUUUAAUUAAAGCUAAAAGUGUUUUUCUUCCUUUCUCAGCUCAUAUUUAGUUCAUUUUGGUACGGCAUCAAAAUUGACUCAACACAGAUGUUGGUGGGUAAAAUGUGACCUCUGACCUCCCUGUCACCACUGAGAUGCUUGCUCACUUUGUGUGUGUGUGUGUGUGUGUGUGUGUGUGUGUGUGUGUGUGUGUGUGUGUGUGUGUGUGUGUGUGUGUGUGUGUGUGUGUGUGUGUGUGUGUGUGUGUUUUUAAUGCUCCAGAACGUAGCGUGUUGACACUCCUGUCAACACAGUAAUAAAGAUGUAAUAAACAAAACUUAGCAAUGUUACCAAAUUUCUUUGUUUCCUUCUGAUUUAAUCCAGUUUUUAAAUGAAGUUGCAGCUUUUAUUCUUUUUUUUUUCUUCUUUGAAAAUGGACAUAAUGAAAUACUUGUGAAGCACAAAUGUUCUGACAGAUUUAUGUCACACAGGUUGUCGCACACCGUCAUCGUUUUCUCGCACACGCCGUGAUCCUGAUAAGUGCUUUAUAUCCGUUUCGUGCUUUCUGGUUGCGGGCGGUGGAACUGUGGUACAAACUGGACUUACAAAGAAGAGUUUUCAUAUCUACUGAGUCCUCUGGAAUCGAUGUAUAAUGUGUAUAAAAUGUCAAAACCACUUUAUAUUUGCAAAAAAAAUUGUUGAUAAGAUAUGCUGGUAUGUUUAUAAACCAAAUGAUGAUGAAGUUGUGGUUGCGGUUGCAUUGAUUUGUCUUCAUGGGUCAUUUUUCCUUUCUGUUGAACUGUGACUUAAACGUGUAAAUUUGACUCGACGUCACCCGGCACUGCAUCUGGCCAAAGAUGAUGUUUCAAGUUGCUUUGCGCAUUUUUGAAUGUUUUGAUCAUAAGCCAUUUAUUACAACAACCAUAAUGGAUGUACACUCAAUAAAUGUGCCGAUUU